GCCUUAGGCUGUUUUGCAUAACCUUCCCUACAGACCAGAGGUCAGAUCAAAUCAAGGAUAAAGGGAUUAGUUCAAGAAAUCUUACACAGGUCCAGGUACACAUCCUUAAUGACUAAAAGAAGACAAUUCUUGCCUUUCAAGCUUUAAGUAUUAAUUAUUGAUGAUCUGAUACAUUUGUCUUAGAGCUAAAACAGGGAGAAUACUUGACUGUUCGUGUAUUCUUAAGUAUCAUUAUUGUUCGUUUGUCAUGUUGUCAGUUGAUCAAUCGGACCAGAGGGGGUAAAUAAAAUGGAAAAAAAAAAAAGAAAACUUUACCAUGUAAAUUGUCUCUGGUUCAAUAAUUUACCUUCAUUACAAUAAUCUAUACACACUAUAUAAUAUACAAAGUUGGUGUUUCUUGAUCAAAUGUACCUUAUUGUAUAUCAUGUCAUAUUUAGUAACCUCUCCACCCCUCUGGGAAGAUUCCCCGAUAAAUUUUAUAGUGUUGCUGUGAGGCUUCCUGGAAUUAGUGAGAUCAGGCACUUAUGUUGGACGAAAAAGGUUAUGUGAUGUAGCCAGCUCUCCAGUUCGUUCUAAAAGUGGCUGAGGUCAGUGCUCUGUGAACGCUGCUCACAUGAAUCCUAACAGAAAAUGAAGGUUCUUUAAACAGGCAUUGUCAUUCUGGAUCAUGUUAGAUCCUCUUAAUCCCAAAUGAAGGAAAAUUGUAACACUACGUCAUACAAGACAUUUUUUACAUUUACAUGAUCCCAGCAUUUGUUGCAACAGGUUGUGAUAGUGUCCAAAAACAUUUUGCCAUAUGCUGUACAGUACGGUAAUGUAUUUGCACAUAAUGCAGAGGACAUGCUACAGAUGCUGAGCUGGCUGAUGUUUAAAAAACAGUUGUCAGUGACCUAAGACCUGUUUGUCACAUCCUCCCUCUGCUACGCAAUUUGUGCUACAGUAGCUCUUCUGUGGGAUCGGACCAGGCAGACUAGCUUUCGUUCUCCACGUGGAUCAAUGAGCCUUGGGAGCCCAUGACCCUGCCACCGGUUCACUGGCUGUUCUUCUAUGGCCCACUUCUGGUAUGUACCAACCACUGAAAACCGAGAACACCCCCACAAGAGCUGCAGUUUUCGAGAUACUCUGACCCAGUCCUCUAGCCAUUACAAAAUUUUCUCUUGACAAAGUCUCUCAGAUGCUUACUCUUUCCCUGCUUUGAACACAACAACUUUAGGAACUGUGACUGUUCACUUGCUACCUAAUAUAUCCCACCCCUUAACAAGUGGUAUAAUUAAAUUAUCAGUGCUAUUCACGUCUGUCAUGUCUGGUUUUAACAUUAUGGCUGGUUUUUGUAAACAUUCUAGUGUAACAGAAGGGAACUGUCACUUUAAGUUUUUAACAUGUUGUGUUUUAAAAGCUGUUUUUCUUUUCUUUUUCUUCAAAUUAUGAAAGGCUUCAUUUCACACAAGAAUCUCAGAGCUAGCCAGCAUGCUGAUGUGUGAGAUCUCACUCCAAACAGUAAGAAGGCACUAUAACCUGGAGCUAUGGAGGCACUACAUACUGUAUAGGGAGGACAUGUGAAAUGCAAACAGAACAUUCCUGCCCUCAAUCUGUUCCCUGUUAGGGUGUUGGGCUAAAGAACAGCAACACCUCAAGAAACACACCAGACUCAGGAGUGUAAUAAGGUGCUGCAGAUAAUCUUACCAACAGCAGCAAUUAAUUGUUCCUUAUUUUUAUGCGGAUUAUGAUAUCGUGCUUUAUGUAGUUCACUGGGUUUCAUUUACUGUAAUUUGGUUUGUGGAGGUUUGUGGAACGGAGCCAUUAAAGGAGUUCCUGGGAGGCCAGCAUUUCAGACGUGAAACAGAUAUACAGAACAUGGCUCUGACAUAUUAAGAAAAUGUUCUACCUUAAUGGUAUCCAAGCAUUAAUGAAAUGCUGGGAUAAGUGUGCCUUAGUGUAGCAGGGGAUUACUGUAUAUGGAGAAAUAAAAAUAGUAGUCGGGUAUUAUUACGGGUUCUUUUAUAUAUUUUUUUAAGGAUGAGCUUUUAGUGCAUGACUUGCCGACAUGAUUGUUAAUGGGUUUGGUGCUAUUACAUUCUGAUUUCACUCACUUCCACCAUAAAGGAUUAUGACCAAAGGGUCAAGAGUUAGUCUGUGAAAUUAGUGUUUCCUGAUAUCCAUAAUGUGAGGAAUUGUUAAAUAGUAAUUAAUAGCAUUUGAAUGCAUUUUGUGCAAAAAAUCUGUUUCUUUUAUUAUCUAAAGGCAGAAUAAAGAUCCAUUUUGCUAAUUCAUUUGCAGAUGAUACAGUUAUGAAUUAGGGUGGUGUAGUGUAAGAAUGGAGACUGCUGUACUGAUCCAAAACCAUGUUAAUCAAGCAAAAGCUGGGACUAAAUCAAUAAUGAAUUAUUUUCUUAGAGAAAUAUUACAGACCAAACAAGUUUUUGUAAUCUCUUGACAUUGCAUGUAGCCAGCUGUGUUCAGGGCUGAGAAUUCCAAAAGCAUUGCAGUUCAAAGUUCAACACAUUACAGUGAGCAUCAUAUUGUUCACACACACUCUUUCUCUGUCCUACUUGUUUUAAAUUAUUCAUAAAUUUGCAGAGAGCUCUCACAUUUAUGAGCCUACAUAGAAAACUCAUCCUGUUAGGUUUGUUAGGUUUAGUCAUGCACAUGGUGUAUCAAAUCUAAACACUUUGUGCAUCUGUCACACACGUCCUUUUGUAUUUGUGGUUACAUUAAAAACAAGGAUGAAUUACUGUACUACAAGCACAUCGGUGCUGAACUGUCACUUCCUCUAACAUUUCAAGUUCUACAUUUUAUUGUGUUAAAGCAUACUGUACUUUGUUCGGUUUUAAUCUUCUUUUUAAUCAGCCUAGGUUCCAGGGCAUUGUUUUUGAAAUAUUGAUUGCAUUUCACUAACCAAGCUUUGAGCCAGACACCACGCUGAUAUGUGAGAUCUCACUACAAACAUUAACAAGGCAGAAUGACCUAAUGGUAUCUAGGUAUGACAUAUAAAGAGGACAUGUGAAAUACAAGCUAUACAAGUAUUCCAGCCCUCAGUCUUGAGUAAAAGAGUAAUUCCUUCAGGAACACACCAAGAGAUACAGGAGUGGAAUAAGUUGGCAAAAGAGAAGAAAAAGGAAUUGCCAUCAAGAACAUACUUUAUUUAAAGCAAAGUGACCAUGCCUCGCUUCUGGCCAGUCCUGUGUGUGCUUGCACUCGCGGUCUUCUGCUUUUCAGGUGCUGAAGAAAGCCAAGUUGGGUCCAGGGAAAAGCGGGACAUGCCAAACUGGGCACUGACCUCUUCAGACUUUUUCGGCUGGAUCGAAGAGCUGCGCAAUCAUGCUGGCUAUGAAAAAAUCGACGAGCUGGCCAGAACCUUCUGGGCUCAUUUCCCCUCGGCUAGUCGUUUGGGCUAUGAUUCUCCGGAUCCUGAGGAAUGAUGACAGUUGUGAUGUUCUUUCUGUGCAACAACACUAAUUAUGUCUAUCCUACCUAAUCUGAAGAUCUCUUUAGGACUGUUAAAAUGUCUUUGAUGUUACAGCACAAGUCCAGUCACUUUGUUUAGCACUAGAUAAUGGAGGCAUAGUGUAAACACUAAAGGAUUGAUCAGUUUACUUCAUAUAUAUACAGAAUUAACAUUGUCAAGCAUGCAAUAAAUAUGUGAGAAAUUUUGCUGCAUUGCUCAAUCUCUGCAGUUCAUUUUACAUUGUAAAAAAGCAGAGCAUUUUUUCCCCUGCUUCCGUUUGGUCAGUACACAUUUCAUGUAACCCAUUUCAUUAAUAAAUGAUGUAUUUAUCCCCCUUGUGUGUGUUGUAGCUCUUGAUACUGUGUGUAAACCAUAUAGUGUUGAAAGGUUGUAAAGAAUGUGGCUGUAAGGCUGAAAUAACACUGUCGAAGAACCUUUAUCCUCGGGCUAUCCACAUGUGCUUACUGUACAGGAGCUCUCUCCAUUUCUGCCACUGGGUCCUGUAUAAUCUAAUUGUCUUACACUGACGGUUCAACUUCCUCGUCAAAAUAUGCAAUAAUCAAAUACUGUUAUUUUGUAAACAGCGACCCAGACUCAUAUAAUUGAGCUUUUUUAACAGGAUAUUUU